UUGACCCAAUCUAAAGACACAGUUAUCAGUUCAAAUCACAUCUGUGCAGAGUCAACAAAUCUUUACGAACGAACGAUAUGUAUUCCAAACUUCUUACACUUGUCUUAUUAACUGCCCCUAUUUUGGCCGAAGAUCCAACACUCGAAGUGGCUCCUUACUCAGUGAUCGAUACCAAAGAGACCUAUGAGGUGAGAGAUUACCCAGCCACGAAAUGGGUGUCCACCUACAACUACGCCAUGAAUGUUCACGACGGGGAGGCAUCCCGAGACAGUUUCUACCGACUGUUUGACUACAUCGAUGGGGACAACAUGGAGGGCACCAAGAUCGACAUGACUUCCCCUGUGACCACCUUCAUCAAGCCGGGAGCGGGUCCCAACUGCGAAAGCGAGUUCACCAUGAGCUUCUACAUUCCAGGGAUCUACCAAGAAUCGCCCAUUACUCCCAAAUCCGACGAUGUCUACAUUGAGGAAAGGGAUGAGUUCAUGGUUGUGGCCACGCAGUUCAGUGGAUUUGCCACCUCUGACGACUACAUUAAGGCAGCUGCAGCCUUGUACGAGCAAGCCACUGCCGAUGGAUUCAAUCUGAUCGCAGACACGUACUAUACAGCUGGUUAUGAUGCCCCUUACACUAUCAUCAACCGAAGGAACGAAGUCUGGUUCAAGAUUCGAGCUUAGAUUGUCCCACUUGUCAGACCUUUCGUCAAAAUAGAUACAUUCUCAAAUA